AUGGCACCACCGAAUCCACAUCGCUCUUACAUUCUGCACCUUUUCAAAGAAGAAGUCGCUCCGGUUGACAUCAUUAAAUGGCUCGCAGUCUCAAGUAGAACCGUCUAUGACUCGAUUUAUCGUUUCAAAAAGCUCGGCACGUUCUUGGAUAGAUGUGGGAGAGCAAGAAAAGCAACAGUCGUCACUCCAGAUCGGAUCAAAGCUGUGAAAGAGAGAACCAGAAGAAAUUCACUUCGGAGCAUCAGAAAGAUGGCGAAAGAUAUGAAAAUUAGUCAACGUUUGAUGGAAAGGAUCCUCAAAGACAAGCUGAAGCUCACCUGUUACCAUGUAAGAAAAGCAGCUAUUCUUUCGGUAGCUACAACCAAGAAAAGGCUCGAAAGAUCAAGGGAGCUCCUUCAGCGCACGCGCACUGGUGAACACUUGGUUACAGCGUUCUCUGGCGAGAAGCUGUUCACGGUACAGGCCGAAUUCAACCCUCAAAGUCAUCAAGUACUUGCUAAGACGUCUGACGAAGCUUUUGGCAACGGAAGAACCAUUCAUCAAGCCCCUCACCCCGCUAGUGUGAUGGUUUUCGGAGCAGUGUCUUCUGAUGGCAAAAAACCAUUGGUAUUCGUCGAUCAAGGAGUCAAAACCAGCAAGAAAGUCUACAUUUCAGAGAUUUUGGAAAAGACACUUCUUUGCUGGGCUCAUAAGCACUCGAUGGACGUCACUGGGUACUCCAACAAGACGGAGCUCCAGCACACACAGCCAAGUUGUCACAACAGUGAUCCGAGACCCAUUUGCCUGCGUUCAUCUCGAAGGACUAACGGCCACCGUUUUCACCAGACCUCAAACCUUUGGACUACUCCUUCUGGGGUUUUGCAGUACAAGGUCAACGCCAAACCCCCCUCAAGUAUCGAGGCCCUGAAGGAGACCCUAGUCAAGAAAUAG